AUGGCCGAGCGCUGGCUGCUGCCCCUGGCCUGCCUGGCCCUGCUGCCCGCGGCCCGCGGCGCACACCGGGGACAAGUGUGUGACUGCAACGGGAUGUCCAGGCAGUGCAUCUUUGACUGGCAGCUCCUGCGGGACACGGGGAACGGCUUCCGCUGCCUGGGCUGCCAGGGCCACACGGAGGGCGUGCGCUGUGAGCGCUGCCAGCAGGGCUUCUAUCGACAGCACGGGGGGCUCUGCUGCCUGCCCUGCCUCUGCCACCCCUGGGGUUCCCUUGGCCCGCAGUGUGACAGCGAUGGCCGGUGCAGCUGCAAGCCUGGAGUGAUGGGGGACAAGUGUGACCAGUGCCAGCCAGGCUUCGAGUCCCUGUCCGAGGCAGGCUGCAGGAGCAGCGGGCAGAGCCUGCAGUGUGAGUGUGACCCGGCGGGCAGCGUGGGAGGCUGUCACUCCGGCCACUGCGUCUGCAAGGACAGCGUCACUGGGGAGCACUGCCAGAGGUGCAAGCGACACUUCUACAACCUGGAUGCCAGGAACCCUGCAGGCUGCUCCCCCUGCUUCUGCUACGGGCACUCGGACACGUGUGUCAGCGCGGACAACCACAGUGUCCACAACAUCACCUCCACCUUCCAGCAAGGUACUGAGGGCUGGCGAGGGGUCCAUGAAAGCGGCUCGCCAGCCCAGCUCCAGUGGUCCCCACGCCACCAGGAUGCCUUCAUAGCAGCAAGGACAUCAGAGCCCAUAUACUUCAUGGCACCUGCAAAAUUCCUUGGGAACCAGCAGCUGAGCUAUGGUCAGACACUCUCCUUUGGUUACCGCCUGGACCGAGGGGGCCAGCAGCCGUCCCCACAUGAUGUGGUCCUGGAGGGACACGGCCUGAGAGUCACUGCCCCCUUCCUGCCCCAGGGAGAGGUCCUGCCCUGUGGUGUCAGCCACAUGUACACGUUCAGGCUGGACGAGCACCCAAGCAGCAAGUGGAGCCCAAGGCUGAAUCACUUUGAAUUUCGCAGGCUGCUGGGAAACCUGACAGCCCUCUGGAUCCGAGCCACCUUUGGGGAGUACAGCACCGGCUACAUCGACAAUGUCACCCUGGUGUCAGCACAGCCCGUGCCCGGUGUCCCGGCGCCGUGGGUGGAGCGCUGCCAGUGCCCGGCGGGGCACCACGGGCAGUUCUGCCAGAGCUGUGCCCCUGGAUACCGCAGAGACACCCCCAGCCAGGGGCCCUUCAGCUCCUGCGUGCCCUGCAACUGCCAGGGGGGAGGAACCUGUGAUCCUGACACCGGUGAAUGUUACUCUGGAGAUGAAAACGUGGGCAAUGGUGCCAGCUGCCCCUUCGGCUCCUACCGAGACCCCUGGCAGCCCCACAGCUGCAGGAGCUGCCCCUGUGGGCCCGGCCAGGGCUGCUCUGUGGGGCCGGGUGGUGAGGAGGUCAUCUGUGACCACUGCCCUCCUGGAGCUGCUGGUCCCAGUUGUGAGUACUGUGCUGAUGGCUAUUUUGGAGACCCAGCAGCUUCCCAGCCCUGCCAGCCGUGCCGCUGCAAUGGCAACGUGGAGCCCAACGCCGUGGGCAACUGUGACCGCCAGACCGGCGAGUGCCUCAAGUGCAUCUACAACACUGCUGGCUUCUACUGCGACCGCUGCAAGGAUGGCUUCUUUGGGAACCCCCUGGCCCCUGACCCUGCUCACAAGUGCAGAGCCUGUAACUGUGACUCAGUUGGUGCUGAGCCCCUGAAGUGCAGGAGUGACGGGAGCUGCAUCUGCAAACCUGGCUUUGAGGGUCCCCGCUGUGAAGAGAGUGAGUGCCCAGCUUGCUAUGGCCAGGUGAAAGAGCAGGUGGAGCUGUACCUGCAGCAGCUGGCACAGCUGGAGCUGCUCCUGUCAGAGGUGCGAGCUGGAGGUGGGACCAGCCAGGAGCUGGAGGGGAGGAUGCUGGUGGCUGAGGAGAUGCUGAGGACCAUCCUCAGGGAAACCCUGAGCCUUCAAGCCUCCGGCAGGUCUCUGGAAGGCCGUGUGGCCAGGAUGAAGGGGCAGGGGUCCAGCUCCCAGAGCCGCUUGGAUGAGGUCAAGGCAACAGUGGAGAGACUGAGGUCUCUGGGCAGCCAGUAUGAGAGGCAGGUGCAGGAGACACGUCAGCUGCUGGAGAGAGCCAGGCUGGACCUGGAUCGCAGCGGCGCCGCUCUCCUUCGGGUGACCAUUCCUGCUUCAAGCUUUCCUGGGGGUUCCAAUCAGUUCUUGCAGCUGGCCCAGGAGGCUCUGAGACUGGCCAACAGGCACACUCAGGCAGCCAAUGCCAUUGACCAGGCUGCCAGGGCGGCGCAGGAGGAUGCACAGGAGGCGCUGGAGCUGCUGCGCGCAGCCGCCGGCGGAGAGGGCACCGAGGGCUCCCUGCCAGGGCUGCCCGGGAGGUAUGAGGAGCUCAAGUCGCUGGUUGGAGGCCUGAAGGCUGAUGCUGAUGGAAUGGCCUCCAAGGCAGACACGGCUUAUCAGGGCAGCCUGGUGCUCCUCAGCUCCCUGUCCCGCCUGACAGAGAUGGACAUCAGCUCCUUUCAGGAGGAAGCCUCGAGGCUGAAGCAGGACUCGGGUGCCCUGCUGGCCCUGGUGGACACGACCCUGUCCCAGUCCCGAGGCCUGCGGAGCCGCGUGGGGCAGUGGGAGCAGGAGGCCAAGGAGCUGCUGCAGGGCCAGGAGAGCCACAGAGCGAAGCUGACACAGCUGCUGUCCCGAGCCACCCUUGCCAGGAGCACAGCCCUGCAAGCCAUGAGCGCUGGCAAUGCCACCUUCUACGAGGUGGAGCAGAUCCUCAAGAGCCUCAAGGAGUUCAACCUGCAAGCAGAUGACAAGAGGAGGCAAGCCAAAGAUGCCAUGAGGAGGCUGCCCAUUAUCAGCAGCAUGGUCACCACUGCCAGGGAGAAGACAGACCGAGCCAAAGGGAUCGUGGGCAGUGCUGCUUCUGAGUCCAAGGCAGGCAGCAGCGUGGCAGAGGAGGUGAAGGAAAUCACCACGGGGAUCCAAGAGGAGAUUGCCCGGCUGAAGGAGGAAGCCAACAAGACAGCUGACGGCGUCCUGGCCCUGGAGAAGGCAGUGGCCACCCUGCAGCUGGAGGCCAAGGAAGUGGAUGAAGCAUUUGAGAGGAAACUCUCUGAGGCUGAGGCGGAUGCUGCUGUGAUAGAGAAGACAGCUCAGGAAGCUCAGAGGGUCCACGACAAGGCUGGCCAGGCAGGGGCAGCUGUGCAGCAGAUGCUGAGUGCCCUGGAGGAGCUGCUGCGGCUCAUGAACCAGCCUGGUGCUGUGGAUGAGGAUGGCCUGAGGCAGCUUGAGGAGAACUUCAGCAAAGCCCAGAGCAGAAGCCAGCAGCUGAAGGUGGAGAUGUCAGAGCUGGAGCAGACGGCUGCCCUGCAGAAGGCCCGGGUGCGUACGUUGGAGAGCAGCAUCGAUGGCAUCCUGGCUGAUAUUAAGAACCUGGAGGAUAUCCAGAAGAGUCUUCCUCCAGGCUGCUACAACACAAAAGCCAUUGAAUUGCCCUGAGCCAGCUCUGGAAAGGCUGCAGCACCUGCCAGGCUGAAGGCAGGAGGGCCUCCCCAAAUCUGGCAGAACUGGCUGUGUUUGUUGUGUUAAA